AUGGCUGGGAGACUCUGCUUCUCCUUCUGGUUCCUUGUCUGCUGCUUGGUGGUAACUGUGGCAGAAGGACAAGAAGGGGUAGUCACCCCUCCUGGAGCCUCACAAAACAACGUGGACCCUACAGACUGCCAGAUCUUUAAACUCACUCCUCCUCCUAUCACAAGGAAGCCAGUGACAAAGGUCAAACCUAUCACAAGGACACCCAAGUGUCCCUUCCAUUUUUUUCCACAAAGAAAGCCUAGAAUUCAUUUUAGGUUCCCAUACAGACCUUUCCUCCCUCCAAAGUGCAACCACCGGUUUCAGUAUCGACCAGUUUUUUGCCCACCUGGCUGCCACACUCCUUGUUACAACUAUUUCCCCAGAAGAAAGCUCUGGAGAGAAAGUUCAUCUGAGGAAAGCUGA